AUGCAAAUCAAAGUCUUUUUGUUAUUUGUAUUUAUAAUUUUUGCUAGUGCUAUUGAAGAAGAUGAAUUUGAAUUAAACGAUAAAAUGACAAUGAAUGAAAGAAUGGCACAAGUUUGGCAAAUAAGAAAUAGUUAUAAACAUGAUUUCUUAAAAAAACAUUUUAGAAGAAGAAUACCACCUAAGUUCAUAAGAAAAGUAAGACAUCAUCAUUGUGGAAUAUGUGGAUGUGCUGCAUUAUUUACUACUGUUGAUCGAGCUGCAGAUGAAAUUGAUUUUAUUUCACAGUCAAUUCAUAAAAUGAUUGAAAGAGAAGAAAGUCCAAGUAAAUGUAGUCAAUGUAAUAAAGGAAAAUGUGAAUGGGAAGCUGAAUUAAGACGAAAGAUGAGUCCGUAUUCUCAUUGUGAAAAAAUAGGAUUUUCUAAUUGUCAAGGAAAAGCAGUUACGAAAAAGUUAAUAAAGAAAAGAGUUGAUUUUAGUAAACAACUUGAUGGAAUAAUGAAGUUCACCAUGAAAGAAAAGAUAUAA